AUGACGUCACACAAAAGAGUGCCCUGUGAACUAGUGACGUCACGGCAGGACCCUGGCUACGAGGACCGCAAUCAAGGCUACGAGGAGCGCAGUCAAGGCUACGAGGAGCGUAGUCAAGGCUACGAGGAGCGCAGUCAAGGCUACGAGGAGCGCAGUCAAGGCUACGAGGAGCGUAGUCAAGGCUACGAGGAGCGUAGUCAAGGCUACGAGGAGCGUAGUCAAGGCUCCGAGGAGCGCAGUCAAGGCUACGAGGACCGUAGUCAAGGCUCCGAGGAGCGCAGUCAAGGCUACGAGGACCGUAGUCAAGGCUCCGAGGAGCGUAGUCAAGGCUCCGAGGAGCGUAGUCAAGGCUCCGAGGAGCGUAGUCAAGGCUCCGAGGAGCGUAGUCAAGGCUACGAGGACCGUAGUCAAGGCUCCGAGGACCGUAGUCAAGGCUCCGAGGAGCGUAGUCAAGGCUCCGAGGAGCGUAGUCAAGGCUCCGAGGAGCGUAGUCAAGGCUACGAGGAGCGUAGUCAAAGCUACGAGGAGCGUAGUCAAGGCUACGAGGAGCGCAGUCAAGGCUCCGAGGAGCGUAGUCAAGGCUCCGAGGAGCGUAGUCAAGGCUCCGAGGAGCGUAGUCAAGGCUCCGAGGAGGGUUUUCAAGGAUUGAUUGGCUACGAGGACCGCAAUCAAGGCUACGAGGAGCGCAGUCAAGGCUACGAGGAGCGUAGUCAAGGCUACGAGGAGCGCAGUCAAGGCUACGAGGAGCGCAGUCAAGGCUACGAGGAGCGUAGUCAAGGCUACGAGGAGCGUAGUCAAAGCUACGAGGAGCGUAGUCAAGGCUCCGAGGAGCGCAGUCAAGGCUACGAGGACCGCAGUCAAGGCUCCGAGGAGCGCAGUCAAGGCUACGAGGACCGUAGUCAAGGCUCCGAGGAGCGUAGUCAAGGCUACGAGGAGCGUAGUCAAGGCUACGAGGAGCGCAGUCAAGGCUACGAGGAGCGUAGUCAAGGCUCCGAGGAGCGUAGUCAAGGCUACGAGGAGCGUAGUCAAGGCUACGAGGAGCGCAGUCAAGGCUACGAGGAGCGCAGUCAAGGCUACGAGGAGCGUAGUCAAGGCUCCGAGGAGCGCAGUCAAGGCUACGAGGAGCGCAGUCAAGGCUCCGAUCAAGGCUACGAGGAGCGCAGUCAAGGCUCCGAGGAGCGUAGUCAAGGCUACGAGGAGCGCAGUCAAGGCUCCGAGGAGCGUAGUCAAGGCUACGAGGAGCGCAGUCAAGGCUACGAGGAGCGCAGUCAAGGCUCCGAGGAGCGCAGUCAAGGCUCCGAGGAGCGCAGUCAAGGCUCCGAGGAGCGCAGUCAAGGCUACGAGGAGCGCAGUCAAGGCUCCGAGGAGCGCAGUCAAGGCUACGAGGAGCGUAGUCAAGGCUACGAGGAGCGCAGUCAAGGCUCCGAGGAGCGUAGUCAAGGCUACGAGGAGCGCAGUCAAGGCUCCGAGGAGCGUAGUCAAGGCUACGAGGAGCGCAGUCAAGGCUCCGAGGAGCGCAGUCAAGGCUCCGAGGAGCGUAGUCAAGGCUCCGAGGAGCGUAGUCAAGGCUCCGAGGAGCGCAGUCAAGGCUACGAGGAGCGCAGUCAAGGCUACGAGGAGCGCAGUCAAGGCUACGAGGAGCGUAGUCAAGGCUACGAGGAGCGCAGUCAAGGCUACGAGGAGCGCAGUCAAGGCUACGAGGAGCGUAGUCAAGGCUACGAGGAGCGUAGUCAAGGCUACGAGGAGCGUAGUCAAGGCUACGAGGAGCGCAGUCAAGGCUACGAGGAGCGUAGUCAAGGCUACGAGGAGCGUAGUCAAGGCUACGAGGAGCGUAGUCAAGGCUCCGAGGAGCGUAGUCAAGGCUACGAGGAGCGUAGUCAAGGCUCCGAGGAGCGCAGUCAAGGCUACGAGGACCGUAGUCAAGGCUCCGAGGAGCGCAGUCAAGGCUACGAGGAGCGUAGUCAAAGCUACGAGGAGCGUAGUCAAGGCUACGAGGAGCGCAGUCAAGGCUCCGAGGAGCGUAGUCAAGGCUCCGAGGAGCGUAGUCAAGGCUACGAGGACCGUAGUCAAGGCUCCGAGGAGCGUAGUCAAGGCUACGAGGACCGUAGUCAAGGCUCCGAGGAGCGUAGUCAAGGCUCCGAGGAGCGUAGUCAAGGCUACGAGGAGCGCAGUCAAGGCUCCGAGGAGCGUAGUCAAGGCUCCGAGGAGCGUAGUCAAGGCUACGAGGACCGUAGUCAAGGCUCCGAGGAGCGUAGUCAAGGCUCCGAGGAGCGUAGUCAAGGCUACGAGGACCGUAGUCAAGGCUCCGAGGAGCGCAGUCAAGGCUACGAGGAGCGUAGUCAAAGCUACGAGGAGCGUAGUCAAGGCUACGAGGAGCGCAGUCAAGGCUCCGAGGAGCGUAGUCAAGGCUCCGAGGAGCGUAGUCAAGGCUCCGAGGAGCGUAGUCAAGGCUACGAGGACCGUAGUCAAGGCUCCGAGGAGCGCAGUCAAGGCUACGAGGAGCGUAGUCAAAGCUACGAGGAGCGCAGUCAAGGCUACGAGGACCGUAGUCAAGGCUCCGAGGAGCGUAGUCAAGGCUCCGAGGACCGUAGUCAAGGCUACGAGGAGCGUAGUCAAGGCUACGAGGACCGUAGUCAAGGCUACGAGGAGCGUAGUCAAGGCUACGAGGAGCGCAGUCAAGGCUACGAGGAGCGUAGUCAAGGCUCCGAGGAGCGUAGUCAAGGCUCCGAGGACCGUAGUCAAGGCUCCGAGGAGCGUAGUCAAGGCUCCGAGGAGCGUAGUCAAGGCUCCGAGGAGCGUAGUCAAGGCUCCGAGGAGCGUAGUCAAGGCUCCGAGGAGCGUAGUCAAGGCUCCGAGGAGCGUAGUCAAGGCUCCGAGGAGCGUAGUCAAGGCUACGAGGAGGGUUUUCAAGGAUUGAUUGGUAUAGAUCAAUCUUAA